GGAUUAUGACUUGCUCAAAACGACCAACCGUCACUCAGAGAAAUGAUUUAAACGCCGAGGUCCCCCUUGAGCAGUGACCAGAGCUCACAGUAUAGACUCUCUCAUCUCAGUCUGUAAACCGAUCCCUACCUUUGCUACUCCAGUCCCCAUCUCUCUGUCAGCGUGCACCCACAUAAACAUUCAAAAACCUGCCUUCAAGCAUCACCAACCAUGCAUAACCGUCGCCGACCAGCCAUGCAUAACCGUCGACGCCAACCCCGUCGAAAUGCCAUCUCUUACCAGGACUACGAAGCCGAGAAACUCGAGCAGCUCGCCCUGGAAAUGGCCAUCAAAGCCUCCCUAGACGACAUGGAGCUCGACCCUCGUCCAGGCGACCCUCAACCUGAACCUGAGCCUGAGCCUGAACCUGAACCUGCUGAGGCAGAGGCACAGGCAGAUGCAAAUGAGCCCACCCAUGCCACCAACACCAACACCAACCAUGCCACCAACCAUGACAACAACAACGACAAGGCAUACGAGCCCCCCCAAGGCCCAAGCCCUCUUCAAGCUUUGAAAAUCAUGCAGAACUGGCUCAAGACAGGCCCAUGCAAGGAACCGUUCCCCAAGCCGGCCCCCGUCAAGUGUUUUGCAUGCCACAGCGAGCUGCAGAUCCCUGGCGUGCCGCUGCGGGAGCAGGAGCACCGCGAGGCCUGCCAUGUGUUAGAGUGUGGACAUGUUGUGGGCGCGGAGUGUAUUAAGCUGUGGGUUGAGCGGGCGGAGAUGGAUGCCAGUGGUGAUGGUGAUGGGGAGGGCAGGGCGCAGGCGAAGUGUCCGUUUUGUCGGAGGGGGAUUACCUUGGGUUGA